UUGGAUUGGGAAGGUUUUAAGAAGGUUUGGAGUAAGAAAUGAAGCAAAAAUUGGUAUUAUAGGUUUUUUAGAGUGGUGUUUGAGUUGAAUUUGAUAUGUUUGACAUCUGUGUCUGAGUUUGUUAUUAUUUAGGGUGGUUAAAAGGGAGGAAAUCUAGAAUAAACUUAGUGUUUUCGAUAUUAUUAAAAGAAGACGAGGCUAAUGACAAGGGGAAAUCUGAUUUGGUUAUACUUUUUCCUUCAUUAAACUAUGUCCCAUUUUCUCCACUUCAUAGAAAUUAAAGAACAGAAGCUAUUAGUAAAUAUUUGAAAUUCACUUAUUUCAAAUUACUUAAUUUCUCCUUAAAUUUAUCUAUCAAUUUCGAGAGAAAUGAGUAAAAUAAAAGAAAUGAUAUCAUCGAAGCUCACAAUUAAAUGUCUAGAGAUUUUAUCCAUUUAAUAGCACUCGGUCGAUUGAUUCCUUAAUCUUUAUCAUCAAAGAUAAAAUAGUUUUAUAUAAAACUUAACCAAAAUUCCAAAAAAGAGUGAUUAGCUUGCCCCUCUCUAUUUAUCAUCUGUAAGGUUAUUACUAACAUCGUGAGUCUAAAUGCUCGAAGGAACUGCUAAUUGACAAACUGCUUCUGAAGUACUUUUUGGGGGAAAUUAAGUGUCAAAUUAAGAUUUUCUGAAUCAUAUUACUCUCGCUUUUAAAUAAAUCAGACUCAGCUAAUUCUAAAAUUAGCUAUUAUUUUGAAACAUCGUCUUGCUAACCAGAUAAAAUGUUUGGCAUAUUUUCAAAAACAAUGCUUGAAGACGAUCACCAUUUUGUAGAUUUUUAAAUAAUAAUUUUCUUCCAAGGAUACUCAAAACUACCUAACCAACAAGUCAAGGGCUAUGAAACUCUAUGAAUACGGCUAAAUUUUAUUAUUAGCUUAAUGUCUUAAAAUCAGAACAUCUUUCGCUGCGUUUUAGAGAUCCUUCCCCAACAAAGAAGGCAUUAUUAAUUUAUGAAGAAUCGAAAAGCACACGUUGUACUCUAAAACACUGUUCAAAAUUCAGUGGAUGUUUAAGCAGCUGAACAGCAGGUUAAUAUAAAGAGCCUAGUCAUUCUCAACUUUUUGUGGGAUCAUUAGUUGGUCUGAGCAUUUUAGCCAUCCAGAGAAAACAUUGUUGGCUUAUACAUAAAGACAAUAAAGUAAAGAUUUAAUAAUAUUAAUUUAAAUAUGGACUUGAACAUAAACUGGAAUGCCAUUUCAAGAGAUUCCCUCCCAAUGUGAAACUUACUCAAUGAAAUGAGAGAAUUUUGCAAGACCUAUUGAGUCUGCCAUUUAGGAGGAGCCUAUGAUACGAGAAAUCAAAGUUUUUGAUCACAAGAAAAUCACAUUUCUCUGCCAACUCCAAGUGCUUCAGAGGUUUCACCUUACAUAAGUUUACCAGAGCAGGAUAAAAAAUAUUCUGAACUUUUUCUUGAAGCAGAAGAAGGCUCACCUGAAGUAAAAACCAACCAACUUUUAACAUCUUCUGAGCAAACACAACAAUCAAGUGAAGAACUCAAAAAUGAUCCACCAACAGUCAGAGAAAUCAGAUAUAGAACAAAUCGGUCUCAGAGGCUUGAUAUUACUGAUAAACUUACAGUCUUGAGAGGUCUUCUUCUUAAAACGCGUGUAUCCUCUUUAAGAUGCUCGGCUAAGAAGACAAGGUAUACUAAGAACAAGUACCUAGGAAGGAGGUCUAAGUACAUCGGAGUCACUAGAAACAACAUCCACUGGCAAGCAUUGAUCAACGUGGACCAUAAGAAAAAGUAUAUAGGUACUUUUAUUGAUGAAAUUGAGGCUGCCAAGACCUACGACUUGUAUGCUCUGGCAAUGCAAGGCAGAAGAGCCAAUCUCAACUUUAGCUAUAAGCCUCAAAAGAUGAUAGAAAUAAUCGACCAUUACCUUGCAAAUGGACGUAUAAACCUCAAUAACUAAACGCGGCUUUCAUUUAAUUGAUCGGCGAGAGGCUAAACCACAGUGUAAUUUCACCUAAAAUGUUAAAAUCUAUAUAU